AUGCGUGCAGUGACCGAUACCUUAUCUCCAUCUUCUUCCUCGUCUUGGCGCUUGCCCAUGAAUAAACGCAAAGCGAAAUCCCGACCUACAUCCAUGACUCACGACGACAAUGACGAUGCGGCAUCUGCUUACACGGUUGACUCCUCAAAAGCCAGCGGAUCAUCGCUGUUUACAUCAUUAUUCGCAAAGAAGGGAUCUCAUGCAAAGUACGGCAAAGAGAAUGCGUCUAUGCACGAUUUAUCGUCAUCAUCAUCUACAGGACCCAAACCAUCAAGAAGCACACCUAUCGCACCAUUUAAUCGGUCCCCGCGAAUGUGGCUACAGAAUGCAGACAGAACCAAACGCCACUCAUCUGAUUCAAUGGACAAACAAGGCAACGAACAAUUACCCCCACCAAGCUUACCACUGCCCGAGUUGUCAGCAACGCCCAAUGAUGAAGACUAUUUUGGUUUUGGAUCGGUGGGUGCGAGUGAUUUGUUAAUGAACACGACUGCUUCUCGAUACUCGGUGCUCAGUAAGCCUACUCCUAUCAAGAAAAAUGCUGCGACUAUCACUGCUCUAUCUGACGACACGAGCGACAACAUUAUCAGCAGCAACAAGCGCUUGAGCAGCAACAACAAAUACUACCUUUCAGUGGAUCCAUUGCUUGAAGAAGCAGCAACGAGUAUGGACGAUGUAAUGGAUACGCUGGUGAAGGUUUUGGAAAAGUCCAACGAAGCAGUCGAAACAGAUGCAGCAGCACCCUCGAUUGUACCUCCACCUAGAAAACAAAGCAUCCCUAAGCACGCCAAAAAAGACAGCACCAGCAGCAGAAACAGCCGCAACGACAUGUCAGCGGUGACUCUACCAGUAGAGCGCAGCAAAUCCUCAUCAUCUACGACAUCAUCAUCCGCAUCAGCAUCCUCAUCGUCACCACCCCUGGUCCCUGCGUCAUCCUCUUCUUCCAACAAUAAUGGCCAGGGAUUAUCCUCCUUUUGGCGAGCACAUACAUUUUCCGCACGACGGCCAGGGCAGCAACAGCAAAGCAGCAAUCAUUCCCAAAGAACUAGUAAAAAGAAGCAUGAGCCAAGUCUCCCUCCCCUCAACUUACAAAGUAAUAAUCCUCCUACUAGCAGGGCAAGCUCAACACGCACUCGCAGUGCUAGCAAUGCCAGUGCCGCUUCACGCCACUCCGUCGCCUCCUCCUCAUCGCCAACCACCAUCUCCUCCCCUUCGUCUCAAACAAGCAGUCGAAAUGGCUGGUCCUCCUUUGAUCUGCAAUCUCGUCCGAAUACCUCGUUGUUUUCUGCAUCCGUGCCGUCGCUGGCUUUAUCUCCCAAGGAACGAACACAGUUCAUGGAACAGCCGAAAAUCGACCCAGCCGUGUUUUUAAGUGAUCCAGAGCCAAAGGCUGGUGUAAACGAUCUACCGCUAACUCAACGGAUAUUACGAUGUCUUGUGGAUGGCGGUUAUCUUACCGACAAGCUUUAUGUACCAAAACAAUUAUGGUGA